AUGCGAGCUUUCUUGAAGAGCUCGGAGGGGUGUUUCCAGCUGAAAUCCUACACCACGACCAUCGGGAGCCACAGAGGGGCCGACAUCGUCCUGCAGUCUGCAGGGGUAGCAGAUCGCCAUGCAGCCCUGGAAUUCUCCGCCUCAGACAACAGCUUCAUCCUUCAGGACUUCAACUCCCCCCACGGCACCUUUGUCAACAGCUGCCAGGUCCAAAACGCGGCCGUCAGGGUGAGGCCGGGGGACAUCCUGAGCUUCGGCACUGCGGGAGCAUCCUUCCAGCUGGUGCUGGAUGGGGCUGCCCAGGGGCAGCUGCCCCCCGACUCCCCGGGCAGUGGGGCCCCCAGAGCCCCUGGCCACGGGCCCCAUCUGGUGCCACCAAGGCGACCUGCGAGUGCCCGGGACAAGAGCACAGCCAGUGCCACCUCUCUGGACACCUCCAGCAGGACCUCUGCAGUGAGGCCAGUCUCAGCCAGCUUCUCAGGUGAUGGUGGAAGCAGUGUGGGGAGAGCCCCUCCCCUGGGGCCUCACAAGGUGGAUCUCCUCCUGCAGGGGAAGGGUGAGAAGCUACUGGAGGAGGAAGUGGGUCACCUUUUUGGUUUGGAAACACAGUUAAAGGGGAAGGAUGUGGUGAUGAGAGACCUACAGGAGGAGAUCACAGCCAUGGCAAAGAAACUGGCCCAGGCAGCAGUGAGGAACGAGGCAGAGCUGACCCAGAAGCUGCUCACCUUCAACCAAGAGCUGGGAGCCCAAACAGAGGAGAUCAAAGCCCUGAGGGAACAGAUCAACGACCUGCAGAAAGGCCCAAACCAAAUUUUCAGCCAUUCCCUCCAUGAAAGAGACCUGGAGAUCGGGAGGCUGCGGAGGGAAAGUCUGGUGAGCAACAUGCAAAGAGAACUCCUGCAAAAGGAUCAGAAAAUCCAGCAACUUCAGCAAGAGACUGAAAAACUGAAUAAGGAAAACCAAGAGAAGGACAAUCAGCUGGCCGUGGUUUCAGCCAAGCGCAUCGAGGAGCUGGAGCGGGACCUGCAGGGGCUGCAGGGGGAGAUCCGGAAGCAUGAGAGUGUCCAAAAGCAACUGGCUGAGAAAGCCAAGGCAGAGGAGGAGCUGAAGGCAGCGUGGUCCCAGCAGGCGGGGCAGCUGCGGGAGAUGGGGCGCAGGGAGCGCCUGCUGCGCUCUGACAUGCAGCGAGCUGGGGAGCAGCUGGAGUCCUUCAAGACCCAAGUGAUGCAAGUCUUUUCUCCAUCAGCAGCUGGCAGCACAGGGAAACCUGUAACAGAGCAGCAGGUGAUAGAGAAGGUCAGGCAGAUCUCUGAUGAGAACCAACAAAGUCAUGAGAGAGAAAAGAGUCUGCAGAAGGAAUUAAGCUCCAGGCUCACAAAGGAGAGGGAGGUGUCUGCAAACAUCGAGGUGUUCAAGAACUCCCUGCGGAAGCUCCAGGAGCAAUUAGAGAAGCUCCAGGAGCUGCAGGCGGAGCUGCUGCAGGGGCACACAAAGGAGCUGGAAGCAAAACAUGAGCAAGACUUACAGAAAAAAAUCCAGCAAAUUAUCCUGGAAAAGGACAAGGAGAGCAAACAGAUUCUGGAAAAUGCUGUCACUGAGGAGAAGGAAAAAUGCAAGAAAUCUGUGGAGGAAGAACAGAGGAAGAUCCAAGAGUUGGAAAGCCACCUAAGAAGCAUGGCUGAGGCACUGUUGCAGCAGCAGGUGCUCCAGCAGAGCCAACAGCUCAGGGCUGCCCAGGAGGAACAUGAGUUACAGAGGCAGAAACUGCAAGAAGAGGUAGCAGGAUAUAGGGAGCAAAGCAGGCAGCAUUCCCUGACCAUCUUGGCUUUAGAGGACAGGCUGCUAGAGGCCACUCAGCAGCAGAAGGUGCUGGAGGAGGAAAAGGCAGCACUUGUGGAAAAAAUGGAAGGACUUCAGUGUGAUGCCCACAGCUCAGCAUCAGGAGCUUGGCUGGAGAUUUGUCCUGCCAUGGAGUCUCAUGUUUGUCUGAGGAAACUGCAGGAGGAGCUGGCAGUGGUGCAGGGCACACUCCUGGAAAAGAAGGCAGUCAUCAGCAGGCUCAGCAGAGAGCUGUCAGAAACCAGAACCAGGAUGUCGGACAUGAGAGGGGAGCUGAGUGAAGAGCAGAAAGUGGAGCUGGAGCACAGCCAGAGGCAGCUGAAACACCGGGAGUGGGAAGUGAACCAGCUCAGGGAGAAGCUAUCUGAGAUGUCCAGCCUUGUGGAGGAGAAGGAUCGGGCCCUGAAAGCAGCAGCUGAAGAAUUAAGCCAAGCCCAAAGGCGCUGCCAGGUGCGGAAGGAUGCUUCCCAACAAACACUGGAGAACAAAGAGGAUGCUCCCAGGACACCAGUGCAGGAGCCACCAUCAGACUUGGCUGAGCUCGGUGCGAAAUGCCGAGGCCUCAGGCACGAGGAAACGAUCCAGCGCCAAAAAGAAGGUUUGGCCGAGCUCCGGGAGAGAGUAAAGAUGCUGGAGAAGAGACAGUGCUCAGGUGCUGUGAAGAGCAAUUCAGAGCCACUGGUGGUCUGGAUGAAAGACUUACCAGAAAAAAUAGUCCAACAAAGACGCCUUGAGCUGGAACCUGCUCCUGUGUUGGGAGAAAAACUGAAGGCUGGCAAGGUUCCUGACCAUGUUCCUAAUGGGAGCUCAUUCAGGAUCUCCAACAGUGCAGUGAGCUUGGAAAUGGCUGAGGCAACAGACUUGGGUGAGAAGAUGUACCUUGAUGUAAUCGGUGCUCUGGGAAGCCUGGUGGAGAUGAAGGAGCUGUCAGGAAUGCAGCCUCUGCAGCACCUUCCUCAGGAGAGAAGGGCAAAAGUGGGACUGCAGAGACAGAAGGCCCUAGAGCUGUUGUACAAAAAGAUCAGGAACCUCCAGGUUCGCCUGGAAAGGAAAGAAGAAAUGCUGAAAGAUUAUGAGGGGAGUGUGGAGCAGCUCAGGCAGAGCCAAGCUUCCCUGCAAAGGUGCCAGGAGGAGAUGUCCAGCCUGGAAGAUGAAGCCCACAGGGAGGCAGAAGAGAAGGCUCUGCUGAGAGAGGCUCUGGAGAGGAUGCAGCUCCAGCUGGACCAGGAGAAGAGGCUGCGGCAAGCGGCCAAACGGUGCAAGGUGAGAAGCCUGGAGCCACAAAGACUCUGCUCAGGCAAGCCGAAGGCCAAGGAGUGCAUGGCAGAUGCUGUCAAAUCAGGAAGCUCAUAG